AUGUUUAGAUAUCCCAAAUUCUUCCUUUUCUUCUUAUUCAAUAAUUUUUUUCUCUCUCUCAUUCCUUCAUUUAAUUCUGGUUCAUUUCUUUUCUUCUCUCUCAGUUUUUCAUUUACUUCUCUCUCUCUCUCUCUUUCUCAUUAUUUUCUUUUCUUAUUUUUCCUUUCCUUUUCAUUCCUUUAUUUUUCUCUCUUAGUUCUUCCUUAUUUUUAUCUCUCAGUUCUUCCUUUUCUUCUCAUUUAUUCCUUUCUUUUCUUCUCUCUCAGUACUUCAUUACUUCUCUCUCAACCCUUCUUUUUCUUCUCUCUCAUUACCUUCUUUUCUUCUCUCUCAAUUCUUCGUAUUCUUCUCUCUUUAUCCCUCUUUUACUUCUCUCUCAUCCCUUUCUUUUAUUCUCUCUUCUUCCUUCAUUUUCUUCUCUCUCAUUACCUUCUUUCCUUCUCUCUCAGUUCUUCGUAUUCUUCUCUCUUAAUGCCUCCUUUACUUCUCUUUCAUUCAUUUCAAUCAAUUGUUCCUUCCUUUUAUUUGUUACCAUUCUUUUCUGUCCUUUCUUCCACGGAUUUCUUUUAUGCUUCCUUCAUUUCGUUCCCAGCUCUUUCAUUUGCUGACACUCUCGCGGACCUUCAACCUAGACAAGGUGGCACCGAAUUGCAAUCUGAGCAUGCGCAGGUCAAAGUCCCCGCAGAAAAUGGUGGAGAAGGCCAGCUACAAACUUGA